AUGCUGUCUCCAAACCCCGUCUGGUUCAGCUGCUCCACGGGCCUCGGCCGCACCCUCGCGCAGCACAUCGCCAGCACGCACCCCUCCGCGCGUCUCGUCGCCACGGCCCGCGACCCCUCCACCCUCAACUACCUCCCCCGCCGCCCCACCACAGUCCUCACCCUCGCCCUCGACGUCACCUCGCCCUCCUCCAUCGCCGCCGCACUAACCACGACGCUCACCCACUUCCACCGCAUCGACAUCCUCAUCAACAACGCCGGCACCAACGUCUUCGGCAUCGCCGAAGCCGUCCCCGAAUCCGCCAUGCGCGACAUUAUGGAGACGAAUUUCUGGGGCCCCAUGCGCCUGACACGCGAGGCUGUGCGGAUUAUGCGCGACGAGAACCCGCGGGCCGCUGUCGAUGCAGCCAGCCACGGUCCGCAAGAGGAGGCGCUUGUGCAAGGCGGCACGAUCGUCAACGUCACCAGCCUCGGCGGGCGCGUCGCCUUCCCCGCCCACGCAGCCUACCACGCCAGCAAGUUCGCGCUCGAGGGCUUCUCGGAAGCGAUUGCGACCGAGUUGGAUCCCGCGUGGGGGGUGCGCGUGCUGGUGUUGGAGCCGGGAGGAGUCAAAAGCGAGUUUGCGGGGAAGGCGGCGAGGCGGGCGGUGCUGGAGCAUGGGGCGUAUGGGGAUGAGGGGUUGGCGGUGAGGAGGAUGCUCAAGGGGUUGAUGGAUGAGGAGGGGUUGCAGGCCAGGUGUCUGGAGGCGGGAGUGGUGGCGAGGGCGGUGGUGGAGGUUGUGAUGAGAUCGGAGGGGGAGGGGGAGGGGAAGGGAGGGUUGCCGUUGAGGUUGCUGGUGGGGAGGGACGCGUGGGAGGCGGUUUGGGGGAAGGAGGAGAGGGCGAGGACGGAGAUGCUGGCUUGGAAGGGGUGGAGUUGUGGUGUUGGAGGUGGCACGAUUCCGACGGGGGAGUGA